CGCGGACCGUCCCGCGGUGAGCGCCCGGGCGGCGGGGCUCCUGCGGUCUCUGGCUGCAGGCGUGCGGUUCUCGGCGGGCCAACGGUAGUUGACCGAGGCCGAGACACCCUCAGGGUGGUCUUGACGUCCGGUCGCACCACGACAGCGCCGCCGAUCGGGUUCCUUAGGAAGAUCUGGAUUUGUUGGCGACCUGAUGGCCAAAAGAAAGGAAGAAAAUUUUUUCUCUCUUGAAAAUGCCAAAAGACCAAGACAAGGAGAACUGGAGGAUCUUGAUAAAGAUGGUGAUGAUGAUGAAUGUGCAGUUUCUUUCACUAAUGGUACUUGUACUUUGACUGCGGCAGAAGUUGGAAUAAUUGAGAGUAUUCAGCUAAAAAACUUCAUGUGCCAUUCAAUGCUUGGACCCUUUAAAUUUGGUUCUAAUGUCAACUUUAUCGUGGGCAACAAUGGAAGUGGGAAGAGUGCGAUACUCACCGCUCUCAUAGUUGGUCUUGGUGGAAAAGCAGUUGCUACUAAUAGAGGAUCUUCUUUAAAAGGUUUUGUGAAAGAUGGACAGAACUCAGCAGAUAUUUCAGUUACAUUAAGGAACAGAGGAGAUGAUGCCUAUAAAGCAAAUGUAUAUGGUGACUCUAUAAUUGUGCAACAACACAUCAGCAUGGAUGGAGGUCGAACUUAUAAACUAAAAAGUCAAGCAGGCACCGUGGUUUCUACUAGAAAAGAAGAGCUGAUUGCAAUUCUUGAUCAUUUUAACAUCCAGGUGGAUAAUCCAGUUUCAGUUUUAACACAAGAGAUGAGCAAACAGUUCUUGCAGUCUAAAAAUGAAGGAGACAAAUACAAAUUCUUCAUGAAAGCAACCCAGCUUGAACAGAUGAAGGAAGAUUAUUCAUACAUUAUGGAAACCAAAGAAAGAACAAAGGAACAGAUAAAUCAAGGAGAAGAGCGACUGACUGAAUUAAAGCGCCAGUGUUUGGAGAAAGAGGAACGUUUCCAAAGUAUUGCUGGAUUGAGUACAAUGAAGACUAAUUUAGAGAACUUAAAACAUGAAAUGGCUUGGGCAGUGGUCACUGAAAUCGAAAAACAAUUGAAUGCUAUUAAAGAUAAUAUCAAAAUUGGAGAAGAUCGUGCUACUAGACUUGACAGGAAAAUGGAAGAACAGCAGGUCAGACUUAAUGAAGCAGAAAAAAAAUACAAGGAUAUUCAAGAUAAACUAGAAAAAAUCAGUCAAGAAACAAAUGCAAGAGCACCAGAAUGUAUGGCAUUGAAAGCAGAUGUCACUGCUAAGAAAAGGGCUUAUAAUGAAGCAGAGGUUUUAUAUAACCGUUCCUUAAAUGAAUAUAAAGCAUUAAAGAAAGAUGAUGAGCAGCUUAGUAAAAGAAUUGAAGAACUUAAAAAAAGUACUGAUCAAUCUUUGGAACCUGAGCGGUUGGAAAGGCAAAAAAAAAUAUCUUGGUUAAAAGACAAAGUAAAGGUCUUACAGGAUAAAGAAAAUUCAGUCAAUCAAGAGAUUGAACAAUUUCAGCAAGCCAUAGAAAAGGACAAAGAAGAAUAUACCAGAAUUAGGAGAGAAGAAUUAGAUGUGAAGCAUACGAUGAGCUAUAAUCAGAGGCAACUGAAAGAAUUAAAAGAUAGUAAAACUAAUCGGCUAAAACGGUUUGGCCCUAAUGUUCCAGCUCUUCUUGAAGCAAUAGAUGAGGCUUAUAAACAAGGACAUUUUACCUAUAAACCUGUAGGCCCUUUAGGUGCUUGCAUUCACCUUCGGGACCCGGAGCUUGCUUUGGCUAUUGAAUCUUGCUUAAAAGGACUUCUACAAGCCUAUUGUUGCCACAAUCAUGCUGAUGAAAGAGUCCUUCAGGCACUCAUGAGAAAGUUUUAUUUACCUGGGUCCUCAAGGCCACAGAUAAUAGUUUCUGAAUUUCGGAAUGAGAUGUAUGAUGUAAGACACAGAGCUGCUUAUCAUCCAGAUUUUCCAACUGUUCUGACAGCUUUAGAAAUAGAUAAUGCAGUUGUUGCAAAUAGCCUGAUUGACAUGAGGAGCAUAGAGACAGUGCUACUAAUCAAAAAUAAUGCUGUAGCUCGUGCUGUAAUGCAGUCUCAAAAGCCACCCAAAAAUUGUAGAGAAGCUUUUACUGCUGAUGGUGAUCAAGUUUUUCCAGGACGUUAUUACUCGUCUGAAAAUACAAGACCUAAGUUUCUAAGCAGAGAUGUGGAUUCUGAAAUAAGUGACUUGGAGAAUGAGGUUGAAAAUAAGAAAGCCCAGCUAUUAAAUCUUCAACAGCAUUUGUCUGUCCUUGAAAAGGAUGUUAGACACAGUGAGGAAUAUCUUAAAAGGUGCCAACUACAUUAUAAAGAAUUAAAGAUGAAAAUAAGAAAAAGUUUUUCUGAAAUUCGAGAACUUGAAAACAUAGAAGAACACCAAUCUGUAGAUAUUGCAACCUUGGAAGAUGAAGCUCAAGAAAAUAAAAGCAAAAUGAAAAUGGUUGAAAAAAAUAUGGAGCAACAAAAGCAUAAUAUGGAACAUCUUAGAAGUCUGAAAAUAGAUGCAGAAAACAAGUAUGAUGAAAUUAAAUUGAAAAUUAAUCAACUGUCUGAGCAAGCAGAUCCACUCAAGGAUGAAUUAAAUCUUGCUGAUUCUGAAGUAGAUAACCAAAAGCGAGGGAAACGGCAUUAUGAAGAAAAACAAAAAGAACAUUUGGAUACCUUAAAUAAAAAGAAGCGAGAACUGGAUAUGAAAGAGAAAGAACUAAAGGAGAAAAUGUCACAAGCAAAACAAAUCUGUCCAGAGCGGAAAGAAGUAAAAAAAUCUGCAUCCAUUCUAGACAAAGAAAUUAAUCGAUUAAGACAAAAGAUACAAGCAGAACAUGCAAGUCAUGGCGAUCGAGAGGAAAUAAUGAGGCAGUACCAAGAAGCAAGAGAGACCUAUCUUGAUCUGGAUAAUAAAGUAAGGACAUUAAAAAGGUUUAUUAAAUUACUGGAAGAAAUAAUGACCCAUAGAUUCAAAACAUAUCAACAAUUUAGAAGGUGUUUGACUUUACGAUGCAAAUUGUACUUUGACAACUUACUAUCUCAGCGAGCCUAUUGUGGAAAAAUGAAUUUUGACCACAAGAGUGAAACUCUUAGUAUAUCAGUUCAGCCUGGAGAGGGAAAUAGAGCUGCCUUCAAUGACAUGAGAGCCUUGUCUGGAGGUGAACGUUCCUUCUCCACAGUGUGCUUUAUUCUUUCCCUGUGGUCCAUUGCUGAAUCUCCUUUCAGAUGUCUGGAUGAAUUUGAUGUCUACAUGGAUAUGGUUAAUAGGAGAAUUGCCAUGGACAUGAUACUUAAGAUGGCAGAUUCCCAGCGGUUUAGACAGUUCAUCUUGCUUACACCUCAAAGCAUGAGCUCACUUCCUUCAAGUAAAUUGAUAAGAAUUCUUCGAAUGUCUGAUCCUGAAAGAGGACAAACUACCCUGCCUUUCAGACCUGUGUCUCAAGAGGAAGAAGAUGACAGAAGUUGAUUUGUAUCUUAAUAUGCCUUGUCCUCAUGUUGAAAGAUUUGUGAAGGAAGAAAAUUUCUGGACACUUUCACAUAAUGAGACUGGAUAUAUUCUAAAAUUAAAGACACUUCUUUAUAUAUCUGACCACCAUCAAAUGUAUAAAUAAGCCUAGAACAUACAAACUACAACCAGCAAUUUAAAUUACUGUUACUUUUCUUUAAGAAACUCAAUUUCAUAGUACUGGUUUUGAAUCUUUUUAAGUUUUUUUUUUUACUGUCUACUUUUAUAGAUUCUUUUUCAGAAGCAAAAUUUUGUACAUAUGUACAUGUCUGUUUAGUUUGAAUUCAUUUCUAUAGUAUUUUGUAAGAAAAAUAAAAGUUUGAGUACCAGAUU